GCUGCAGUACUUCGCUGGCCGGUAAAGUUCCUUUCCACCGGUACAACUACAAAUAUUGCAGCUCGACUUGCAUGCAUGUACACAAAGAGGUCCUUGAUGAAAACUAGCAAUGGAACUUGAUGAGGGAGCGAAUGCUUCUCUCAAUUCUCAACCAUUUUCUUUGUAUUUUUCCAAUUGCGUUUUCAUUACGAUCUCGGGAACGAGAACCGCAACUUUGCAAACCAGCUCUGAAGAUGUCUGUUACUUUGCACACAAAUCUCGGAGACAUCAAGUGCGAGAUUUUUUGCGAUGAAGUCCCGAAAUCUGCUGAGAACUUUUUGGCAUUGUGUGCAAGUGGUUACUAUGACGGAACCAUAUUCCAUCGCAAUAUCAAAGGUUUUAUGAUACAAGGUGGAGACCCAACCGGCACAGGAAAAGGAGGAACUAGCAUAUGGGGCAAGAAGUUUAAUGACGAGAUAAAAGAGUCACUCAAGCACAAUGCUAGAGGGAUAUUAUCAAUGGCCAACAGUGGAGCAAAUACAAACGGAAGCCAAUUUUUUAUAACUUAUGCAAAGCAGCCACAUUUAAAUGGAUUAUAUACUAUUUUCGGCAGAGUGAUUCAUGGGUUUGAAGUACUUGAUAUCAUGGAAAAGACACAAACUGGACCAGGAGAUCGUCCUCUUGCAGAGAUCAGGCUGAAUCGUGUGACGAUACAUGCUAAUCCUCUUGCAGGCUAACCUUGAAUUGGCAGUAGUUGAAAUGAAGAUUGAUGGAAGCCUCAGAACUCAAGUGGCAUGAAGCGCUAGUGCUAAGGGCUGCCACGAUCAGGUGGAAAGUGUGUAACAAAUUAACAUGAACAUGAGAGGUUCGAAAUAGAGAAUUAGAGGUAAAGUAUACGCAACCUAACAGAUGGCUUAUUGGAUUAUUGUGUCUUCAGAUGUACUACGUUUAAAAUCGAUUUUCUGGGGCAAUCUCAUGAAUUUGCUUUUGUAUUCUUAACUUUUGUGUAUAUUUAUUUAAACUUGUUUCUAGCAUCUCCUAAACCAUAUUUUUACUCUUUUUUAACUGAUCGAAUAUUCGAUUUUUAAGAUGAAAGGUCAUGUCAAUUAUCACUCAACUAUCCUCAAGUUGACAUUUUAA